AUGGAAUGCCGACUAGUAUUAAAUAAUCGUUCAAGGGUCGAUAUUCCGAAUGAUGUUCUUCGUGGUCAGCUUCAACAACAGUUGAAAUACUAUAAAUUUCGUCGUGUACAAACGAAGGCUGGAAAAGCAGUAUUCUAUCUAUUUUUCCGGAAGGAGGCGGAAACAUAUUACGCUCUUCGAACUGCAGCUUCAAUGAACGAUAUCUCUCUUGUUCGAUAUCUUCAUCCCAAUUCUAUCGCUGCUCCGCUACGUCGUCCUGAUGAUAUUCCACCUUCCGAAAUGCAUUAUCGUCCAGUACCGACGAAAACUAUUGUUGAUAUGAUUCGAUAUAAUUAUACAAGAUAUUUUGAUCGAUUUUUGAAUAAGGAUAUUUUCAAAUUGUUCGUUCGUCGAGUAUCCGAGCAAAUUGCUGUUCAACGUUUGAAGAUUCCCGAAGUGCACGACCGAAUAUGUACGCUUCAUCACUGGUGGUGGAUGAAUCAGGAAUAUUUAAGUAUGACUGAUUAUGAUAUGGAAAUUCCUGAGCUCAAUCCUGAUAUUGGUUUGCACCUCGUAAAUUUUCUUAAUGGAAUUGACGCUUCUAAUUUUCUGGAAGUUGUCAAUAAUUGCAGUCAAUUUCUGUCUAUUGCUACAGCAUCGGAUCGCUUGUUUAUCGAAAUAAUGAAGAAGUUUGAUGGUCGGACAAGAAUUUUAUUGCCUGCAGAAAUUUAUGGAAAUUAUUUACAAGAUUGUGAAAUACUGGAUGAUAAAUUGGUUCCAUUUGAAAAUCACAACCCUUCUGUUAUUCAACCUGUCCAACGUCUGUUUGUUCAUCCAUGCUUCAGCGUUGAAGGCUUUGGCGUAUUGUGCAAAGCGUAUCGAACACCGCUUUUCCAAUAUUACUCUCGAAUUUUGCCUUUCAACACUGAUCUAUACUGUGCCGAUUUUGGAUUGAUUGACUAUCAGUUGUACAAUGAAACAAUAAGUUCUGAACGAGAUUUAAAUGUUUAUGAGAAGAAAUUUUUCAAAACUAGCACAUAUUUUACCAAAGAAAAUAACGACUUUGGUCCAAUAAGCAAUGCAUUUGUGAACAACAUCGACGAUUUUCGAUAUAAUCUCGCGACUCGCUUCUUCUCAUUACAAUGGCUGGAAACAAUCGACUUUUCGAAGUUUGCAAUUGUUGGCAGUUGUGUACUUAAUUCAUUAUGUCGUUCGCCAUUCGGCGAUACCAAAAAACAAGAUAUUAACUUGAUUUAUCCAGCACGUAGUUGUCUUGAUUUUGAAAUGGCGGUGCUCAACGUUAUCACCAAGCUGAAAAAAAUGCAGCCAAUGCAUUUGAAACAUGAAAUUAUAGUCGAAAAAAUAUCAGGAUCUCUUCACUACUAUAUUUCAUUGCCAUGUGGUGUCAAGCUCAACUUUUAUUACACGUCUGCUGAGAAAUCGAAAAAUCCACUUUCUCAUGUUCUCCACAACUUUGAUAUGGAUAUUUGCCAAGUAGCAUUCAUUGGAGUUACAAUCAUGUCUACAUUUGCGUUUUUGCAAGCCCUGGCAACGAAGUCAUUUCUCGUCUAUAGUCUACAUGCUGAAAGUUCCAACAACGUCUGUACUCGUAUUGCAAAGUACUGUGAACGAGGAUUCACCUUAUUGGAACCCAUCAAUUUUGAUGGGGACUUUAAGAUAUUGAUGAAGCAAGCUGUUGUUCCAUUAUAUCGAAUGGAAAGUCAUGAUUAUAUUGACGAUGAUGGUGAACUUCAAAGUGCCAUUACAGAAUAUUGGCAACGCCCUGAACGCAACAUCGAUACAUAUCAAGUUCAGGAGGCUUUUCUGGCUGGUGUUUAUCCACAAACUCUAGAUAAACAUAAUUAUAUAAACGAUAAAACAACAAUACCACCGUUAUAA